AUGGCCUACAUUCAGACGACAGAUGAGUUGACGAUCGAGCUACACCCCUCCUGGGAUGCUGCUCUCAUAGUCGCUCACAACAACACCCGGAAGAAAUUCCUCGUUUCCUCUCCCGUUCUGAGAGUCACUUCCAAGUACUUCAACGCUCUAUUCGCGUCCCAAUUUGAGGAAGGGACCAAGAUUCAGACAGGACUGAAGCCCGACAUCACUCUGCCUGACGCCAACCUCGAAGCCAUGGAGAUCAUUCUCUCCAUUCUACACUAUAAGUACCAAGACGGUUGGUACACUCUGAGUGCCAAGAUGUUUGCAGUCGUCGCCAUGCAUUGCGAAAAGUUCUUUUGUGCCACGUCUCUUACACCGUGGGUGAACCAGUGGCUCGCCAACUUUGGACAGAUGGAGUGUGGGGACAUUGGUUACCUCUUGGUAGCAACUGCCACUCUCGGCGAGGGGGCUAAUUUCCAAAAGAUGUCCAAAGCUGCUGUUUUACAGCUCCCAUUGGACUUUGACUUCGAGGCUUGGUCCACAGAUGAGGUCUUAUCUGCCCUACCUGACGGUGUCGUUCGCAGCAUAACGCGGAAGAUGAGGGGGGUUCAGCGACGUCUUUACUCUCUCCUACAGGAAAUCAUCAUCGACCUUGGGCGGAACCAAUCCGAGAUUGGCCGAAUGGACAGUUCCCGCUGCAGCAAGUGUCUACGCGUAUAUAAGAGGGACCGGAACACCUAUUGUCCAAACUGCGAGCCUCUCAACGGCGAAGUGCCUGGAGGAUGUGACUUUCCAGUCUUCUGUUCUUCAGAAACACGCGUGGCUGAGUGCACACUCAUGUUCACCAAGUAUCAGCUAUACCCUAACGAGAAGGUAUGGCGUAACGGCACAAUCGCCGAAAUCGCCCGCCGGUUCAACAUGGUCAGAGAGACGAGCACCCAUCGGUGUGACCUCGAUCAAAACUGUCCCUUGAAGAAGCGACUGAGCGAGCUGGACGACGCGGUGGUUGGAGUGAUUGAUAGUAUUCGGGGCUGGAAGCUGAAGCCUAUUGCGACAGAUGAAGCUACCGCCAAUGCUAAUGGCGAGAACGAGGCCAUCAAGGAGGUAGAUUGCGAAGGCCGGUAG